UCCCUUGCAUUUAUACGCGUGAAGCCGUCCUCUCUCUCUCUCUCAAAACCAACUUCCCCAUUUUCUCCGUCUCCCUCUCUGAAGAAAGAAAAAGCAUUUAUCUUCUCGGGAAAGCUAAUCAUCAAAAGAAAGAAGAAAUGGGCAGUUUGCAAGCGGAAAGAACAAUUACAGGAUUUGCAGCGAAAGACCCAUCAGGGAUCCUCUCUCCCUACACCUAUGAUCUCAGGAACACUGGACCGGAAGAUGUUUACAUCAAGGUGAUAUGCUGUGGAAUAUGUCACUCCGAUCUUCAUCAGAUCAAAAAUGAUCUUGGCAUGUCCAAUUACCCCAUGGUUCCUGGGCACGAGGUUGUUGGCCAAGUGGUGGAGGUGGGAUCCAGUGUGAGCAGGUUCAAGUUAGGGGACACCGUGGGAGUCGGCUGCAUCGUCGGAUGCUGCAGAAACUGCAGCCCCUGCGAAUCUGAUAAGGAGCAAUAUUGCAACAAGAAGAUAUGGUCCUACAAUGACGUCUACACUGACGGCAAACCCACUCAAGGCGGAUUUGCACCCGCCAUCGUCGUUGAUCAAAAAUUUGUGGUGCAUAUACCAGCGGGGAUGGAGCCGGAGCAGGCGGCGCCGCUACUCUGCGCGGGGGUGACAGUGUACAGCCCUUUGAAACACUUCGGUUUUUCAGAGAGUGGGCUGAGGGGAGGGAUAUUGGGUCUGGGAGGGGUUGGGCACAUGGGGGUGAAGAUAGCGAAGGCGAUGGGGCAUCACGUGACUGUCAUCAGCUCGUCGGAGAAGAAGAGAGUGGAGGCCCUGGACCACCUCGGAGCCGACCAGUACCUCGUCAGCUCCGACGCCGCUAGGAUGCAAGAACUCUCCGACUCGCUCGAUUACAUCAUUGACACGGUGCCGGUGUUCCACCCACUGGAGCCUUAUCUCUCUUUGUUGAAGCUUGACGGAAAGUUGAUUUUGAUGGGCGUCAUCAAUACUCCACUCCAGUUUCUCACCCCUGUGGUCAUGCUUGGGAGGAAGACAAUAACAGGGAGCUUCGUAGGGAGCAUGAAGGAGACACAAGAGGUCCUGGAAUUCUGCAAAGAUAAGGGUGUGAGCUCAACCAUUGAAGUGGUGAAGAUGGACUACAUCAACACCGCUUUUGAGAGAUUGGAGAAGAAUGAUGUUAGGUACAGAUUUGUGGUGGAUGUUGCGAACACCAAACUUGACGAUUGAUCCCCUUUACAAGAAAAAUCAAACCAAAACAGUUCCAACUCAGUGGCUGUCUGCCUUUCAAAUUUCAAAUCCAGAGCAGAGCUUUCUCCAAGAAAUUACCACACGCUGGAUGAUAGGCUAUGUAUGGCCUAGCUAUUUUUGCUUUCAUUAAUAAAACAAUGGUGGUGGUGGUGGUGGUGGUGGUGGUGGUGGUGUUCAUGACGUUUGGUUCCUAGAUGACCUAUCGACGACACUUUUGUCUGCUUGUUUUGUAUUGUGUUGAUAUAUCUGCAUACGUGGAGGAUGAUAAUGUCAGUGUGAAACAUAAUGCAAGGCCUAGUUUUGCAGGUGCAAGUUAGGCCUAUUGGCUUUUGUCCUUUUUCACGUUGUUGAUAAGUUGAUGACUUUGGUGG